AUGACAGUUCAAGCGCCAGAGGAAUCCUUUGAGGCGACGUAUGCUGUUGAAAUGCAUUGCGACAGUUGUGUCAAAGACAUAACAUCCUGUCUCUCGUCAAUUCCUAACAUCAUACUAGACUUCCACAUCUCGGAGCAGCUACUUGAAGUAAAGGGAACGGCAGCCCCAUCUACCAUUAUAUCUGCAUUACAAAGGUGUGGGAGAGACGCCAUUAUCCGUGGUACAGGUAAAGCCAACAGUGCCGCCGUCUCUAUACUUGAGACUUUCGCACCCAUUGCCACAAAUGAUACUCCUGUAAGAGGUUUAGCUCGAAUAGUUAAUGUUAGUGAGGCGAAAACGUGGGUUGAUAUCACUCUGAAUGGCUUAAAGACGCCAGGCACGUACUAUGCUUCCAUUAGAGACUGUGGUGAUAUCUCAAAGGGGGCAGCAUCCACCGGCGGCGCAUUUUAUAAGUUUGAGCAGCCGAUCGAAUGUCGAUCAAAAAGUGAUUUGGGCGAUGGUUUGUUCAGUGGACAAGCGUUUGUAAGCACACCCUUAAACAUUUGGGAAAUGGUGGGACGAAGCUUCAUGGUCACCACAGACUCCCAACACAAUGUGGGCAGAGAAACUGAGAUUUGCGGUGUCAUCGCUCGAAGUGCAGGUGUAUGGCAGAACGAUAAGCAGGUUUGUGCGUGUAGUGGACAAACAGUGUGGCAAGAAAGGUAUGAUGCUAUGAAACGGAACAUCACGAAGUGA